AUGACUUCUACAUCGGACGAUAAGAUUAACGAGGUUUCCGCUCCAGACAACGAGCGAGACGGUUCGAUCAGAGACGGGGAGCUUGCAUUAACUACGGAAGAUAUAGAGACUGGUGGGUUCGACCUACAGGCUACUAAACGCCUCCUUUGGAAGAUUGAUCGAAAUCUGCUCCCUCUUAUCACGCUACUAUACCUUUUGAAUUUCCUUGACCGCACCAACAUCGGCAAUGCCCGCCUAGCAGAUCUUGAAGAAGACCUUGGGAUGAAAGGUCUGGACUACAAUAUCGCUUUAGCCGUUUUCUACCCCUUGUAUAUCCUCGCCGAAAUCCCAUCGAACCUGGCCCUGAAGCGAUGGCGACCAUCAAUCUGGAUUCCCUCCCUCAUGAUCGCCUGGGGCGUCGUCUGCACGCUCAUGGGUAUUGUUAAGGACUUUCCUGGCCUGCUCAUUGCCCGCUGCGCCUUGGGCAUCGCCGAGGCAGGGGUCUUUCCUGGGAUCAAUUACUAUAUCACUCUGUGGUAUCGUAGGAAAGAGUGCGGCCUGCGUAUGGCUCUCUUCUUCUCCGCGGCGACUGCCGCCGGCGCGUUCGGCGGGUUAUUGGCACGAGCCUUGGUCGAAAUGGAUGGAGUCGGUGGGUUGUCCGGAUGGUCGUGGAUCUUCAUCCUCGAGGGAAUCGCGACUGUCGUGAUCGCCGUUUUCGCAUUCUUCUUACUGCACGAUUAUCCUUCAACCGCGCGAUUCCUCACACCAAAAGAAAGAAGCGAAGUUGUCCGCCGCCUAAAACACGACCGUUCCAUCCUUCCAGACGAGUUCGACCUCAAAUACGUCCAGCACGCCCUAAAGGACUGGAAGAUCUGGGUCCACAUGUUCAUCACCUUUGGAAUUUACACAGCCGUCUACUCAUACGCCUUAUUCACGCCCACCAUCGUCAAGAAUCUCGGGUACACGAACGAACGCGCCCAACUAAUGUCGGCGCCACCCUACGUGGUGGCCUGCUUCUUCUGCAUCAUCUGCGGGUACUUCGCGGAUCGGCAUGGCCAGCGAGGGAUCUACAUUAUAUGCAGCUGUGCUCUUGCCAUCAUCGGCUACGCAAUCCUGAUGAUUUCACAGAACAACCACGUCAAAUACUUCGCCUGCUUCGUCGUCGCUGCCGGCAUCUACCCCAACGUGCCUCAAGGUGUGGCCUGGAACGGCAACAAUAUCGGCGGUUCCAUCAAGCGCGGUGUCGGGAUCGCCAUGCACGUAGGCUUUGGUAACCUCGGGGGUAUCCUUGCUAGUUUCGUCUAUCGUGACGAUGGUCCGAGGUUCCUCUCGGGGCAUGGACUUCUACUGGGCUUAGUGACGAUGAGUAUGGUACUUUGUAUUUUUAUGAGGAGUUAUUUGAUAAGGGAGAAUGCCAGGAGGGAUCGAGAGUAUAAGAAGCCUGAUGAGUAUACGGUGGCGGAGAUGGUUCGGGAUAGGGAGAUGGGAGAUGAUGCGCCGUAUUUUCGGUAUGUUGUUUGA